GGGAGCAGUUUUCUUAUCGAAUCGAGAGAAAUGGCGUCGGACAGUGGAAUCGCUUCUCUGGGGGUUGAGGGUGCAGCGUCAGCGGCACAUGUGCUGUCUCUACCGGCAGACUCCUUUGGGAAUAACCCCCAAGUGGAGGUUAUGUGGGCGAUGAAGGCCUACAACCACGCAGAAGUCUACUUCAACCUCAUCUCUUCCGUGGACCCCAAGUUCCUGAAGCUGACCAAGGUGGAUGACACCAUCUACACGGCUUUCAGGGAAACCUUCAAGGACAUGGACAUCAAGCUGCUCCACCCAGACCUGCUAAAGUCUGCCGAAGCAAAGGAGACUUGGCGUCCAUUUUGUAACCAAUUCGAGGACGUCAUCGAAGACUUCAACUACGGAACCCUUCUCCGUCUGAACUGUGAGCAAGACUACACGGAGGAGAACACGAUAUUCGCCACCAGGAUCCAGUUCUUCGCCAUUGAAAUCGCCCGAAACAGAGAAGGACUCAACACCCCUGUCUUUACAGCCAAGACCAACAAUAAGAGUUAGCUUCUGACUGACCCUGCACACAGACCAUCCCUGAAGCUUCCCCAAGAAUUCAUGGACUUCAAUAUUAAAAAAACUUAAGUCAGGUCCUUGGGUCAUCCCCUCUAAUCCCAUUAAUUUGAAAAUGCUCCUUUUAAUUUUUGCUGGUGGUGACCGCCCUAGAAAACUAUUGGAAUCAAAUCAAGGUUUUUCGCCUCAAACGUUAUCCAUAAAUCUUCUUGUUAUAUUUAUAUUUUCCCAAUUAUUUCCAUGUAUUGUACAUUACACUGUGCCGACCAUA